AUGCUUCGCAAAAUCCAGAACGCCGUGGCUAGGCCAAAAGAAAAGACGUGGAAGCACAGCUCCGUGAAGCGUUUUGGCGAGAAAUAUAUACUCUUGGUACGCCCGGGCUAUGGUACUUGGUGUAGCGAUCCGGACGACGUUACCCUGAGCCUCCAGGUAGUCGAGGCUAAGCGUGCGGACUCGUUUUCCGAUGUUCUGCCCUGA